CUUGUGGGUGUUGAUGAUAGACAUCACAAUAAUAACGCCAAUAAAAACAAGGAUUCUGCCCCAUUUUUUAAUACACGUGAUAAUUAAUUAUAACAGUGACAGAAUUUUCGUUCUGAAAUUGAGAAAUAUUCUUUGAGAUUUUUCCUCAGAGAAUGUAGCGGACUAAUUGCGGAGAGAUUCACUCCUUAUUGAGGAUGUUAUUUCACCAACAAAUCCGAUGAAGACUUAACCCUUAGCCCUCACUAUUAUGAUAAAUCGCCAGCAAAAUGCCACAUCCCUGUGUAGUAUGUGGUCGUUCCCGUAUGAAUCCAAACAACCGCGAGGAGGAGUACAUGUUCUUCGGUUUCCCAGUAAACUACGACACACGUUGCCGAGAGUGGCUAGAGUUUUGCUGUCGUGAGGACCUCUACAAGCUCACGAAGAAGCAACUGCUCCAGCGUAUGGUGUGCUCCAAGCACUUCGAGAGAAAGGACUUCCUGAACGAUUACUUCGACAGGUUGAAUUGCAGAGCAGUCCCCACAAUCUACGACCCCAAACAAAGUCUCUACAACAUCACAUGCGUCCUCUGCGGAAGAUACCGCAAGGAUCCCCCAGAGCCCGACUACGAUGGCACGACAUUCCACCACUUCCCAGGUGAGGAGUUCAGAUGUCUCAAGUGGUUGGACUUCGUCGGUGUCGAUUCCUACUAUCGUCUCACGAGAAAGGAAAUUCUCUACUGCUACAUCUGCUCCUGUCACUUCGACAGGUCUCAGUUCAUGCCUGGCUACCGCAACAGACUAAUCGACAAUGCAAUCCCAAACAUCAGAAAUCCAGACGAACUCAGCGACGACGAGAAGUACGCCCUGGAAAUUGAGUUGGAUCGAAAAUUCUUUCAUCAACCUGACAAACCGAAGAAGCUUGACCCCCUGCCCCCAGCCGUCCUCGAGAGCCAGGCGUGCGCCGCCUGCGGUCGAUCCAGGGCUGACCCUCGAAAUAAAGUAGAAAAGUACAAGUUCCAUCCCUUCCCUGCCUACGAAAUUGGCAGAUGUUUGAGGUGGUGUCAAUUUUUAGGGAGAGAAGAUCUCCUCAAAAUGUCACCCAAUCAGAUUCGAAAGCUCGUUCUGUGCUCGAAACACUUUCUCGCGGGGCAAUCGUUUCAAAAAGUCGGCCCUUGCGAUGCUGUUCCAACGAUCAAGGAGGUGGAACAGGGGAAAAAUCUUCCUGAGGUGAUCAUCACGGAACCCAUGCCCCCAGUGUUCGAUGAUGUGGACCUGUGUCCAGCGAGUUUACCUCAGAAGCUGGGAAAAAAUAAGGAAGUGAGACCUCUAGUUUCCAGCAAGAAACCUUUUGUCAUUAACAAGCCUGCGCCCCUGGCGAAGAAGAGGGGAAAGCAGAAACGUCCGACCUCCAUCAACAUCCCCAAGCCCUCGCAAUUAAACGACAACAGAAUUCUGAGGAAGCUUCCACUGCCUCCGGCCUCCAACAACUGGAAGCUCCAGUUUCCAAAUCAGUUUCAACCGAUCACAAUAGCCAACAAUAUCACACCGAUAACUAAUAUCUCUACUGAUGCGAAAAAAGUCAUUCUGCCUUUCGCUGGGAACAUCUCCAGUCUGGGACAGCCGAUUCCAGUGUCCAGUCUGUCGAGUAUUCCACCGGGGCUUCUCAUCAAGAUCGAUCUGCCUCAGCAGGAGAAGAAAGUCGCGAGGAGGGGCAGGCCUGCGAAAAAGCAGGAGGGGGGAUUUGAUGAACAGGUGGGCAGGGAGGAGAGGAAGAACAGGGGGCGAGUCAGGAAUCGAAUCUCUGAGAAUGUCCAGGUGUUUCAGAAAGCCGCUGUCGACGAAGAGAUUCACGACUUCGUAGGGGAUCGGGAUGAUCAUGAGGACUUUGCUGAGCUGCUCAAGCUCUCGGAGAAAAUCGAUGUUCAUAAACACGAGAUACUGAACGAUGAGUGUGUCAUUGAGACGAUAAGGGAGGAGCACGAGGAUAUCGAGGCUCUCGAUGAGGAGAUCGAGGAGAUCGAGGACUCGAUGGAGGAGUUCAUAGAGGAGCUGGAAUAUGGAGAGAGGAAGGAGUGUAUAGAGAUGAUCAGUGAGGAAGUGGAGGCCACGUUAAUGAACGAGGAACAUCAAGAUGAUCAUGUAGAUGUUCAAGAGACUGUUAACGACAAUGUUGAUGAUAGUUUUAAUGGUAAUUUUGAUGGUGAUGUUAAGGGGUGUGCAGUGAGUGGCAGGAGGAGGAAGAGGAGGGUCAAGAGGAUGAGUGCGAGGAGCAGGAGAACAUUGAUACCGAUUAGAAGUGAAGUGGGGGGGUUCCUUAAGAAACUCAAACCGCUCAUGCACAGACUGCCGAAAAAAGCUAGGGCACAGCUAAAACUUUCAAUUGUCACUAUGGUGAUUGAUCGUCUGUGAGGCAGGAACUUUGGGUGGACCAAGUGCACAUAAGGGGGGAGAGAAUGAAGGAGUGUAUUGAAAUCAUUAUUUUUCAUACUGUGGAGAAACUCAUUUUGUGCUUGAGGUUUUUCUCGCGGUUCUAGGUAUUUUCAGUGUUUCUGUACCAUUUCUAUGUUUUGUGGUAGAAUUUUAAGAUUUUUUGGAAAUUUUUUUUUUAGAGGAAUUUGGGAGUGGAUUUAGGGGGGAAUUGUAAACGAGAUUUUUGGAGAGAAUUUUGAGGAGUAUUAGAUGGGUAUUUUGACAUAUUUUAAUUGUUUAGGGUCUUUUGAAAUGUUUUAAUAGACGUGCCCCGUUCAGAGAAUUUGGAAGUUAAUUUUGCAACAAAUUUUUUCGUACGAAUAUUUAUUGUUCAAAGGUAGACAGCAGUGACAUUUGAAAGUCCUCAUUAGAGCUAAGGACUCAUUAAAUGAAUUUUGUUAUGCGAUGGGAUAUGUUAAAAGUAGGAAAACGACGUUUUUCAUUUUUGUCUUUAAGGUAUUUCGUCAGAAAAAGGUAAAUAACGACAUUCGUCUGGAAUUCUUAUAGAAUAUUUAUAUUCACAAUUGAAUUAUCUGUGAAUUGUCCCAGAAUUUUUUCAGAUUUCCUUUUCGAGUUAUUAAUAAUUAAAGACGCUUCUUAUACAUGGGCUCUUAUGGAGAUUUUUUACGAAACUAUAUCGCGUGCUAAAUGGAAAAAGGUCUUAUAGACCAUUUUGGAAUUUUUAUGUCAACGAAAUGGAAAAAGGUCGUAUAAACCUAAUUUAGGAAACAUGAAAUUUGGACGAUUUGGGCUCUGUAGAAUCAUUUUGACCCAACUUUUGAGGACAAUUUUUUUUGGCGCAUACGACCUUUUUCCACAAAAUAUUUC